CCAUCUCGAGCUCGUUGGGGAUCUGGCAACACUGUUGAGUUGAGUCGACGCACCUCAUUCUUUCUAGUUUUCCCGCCUUUGGGUCCGCAGUGCGCACAGGCGUAUGGGUCGGCGUGGCGAUGGUUAUGGUUUGUUUUAUCUCUUGACUGCUUCAUGUUGAAGUUAGUGGUUUGUUGAAAGUGUAGCGGUUGGGCAUAACAUUCCCUAAUACUCCGACUUUAAAUUAUGGCUGACACAACAGCAGAUGACGUGAAAGAGAGCUUGUCUAUAUUUGAUAUAAACGUUCAAGAUGAUGGCACAUUAGAAAAAAUGCUUGAAAUUGCAACAUUGUUCAACUAUGAUGCAGAUUCAAUCGUAAAUGAAUGGCUGGCUUAUCAAAGUACACAUGGAUGUAAGCUGAGCAUUGAAAAUCUUGACAAACUUCUUCUUGAGAAAACAGUUCAGAAAAAUCGUUCAAAGAACAGUUCGACACCUGCAUCCAAUCGGAAACGAAACCCUUUGGUAUUAUACACUGCGGAUAAUAUUGCGUCAUUGCACGAUAGUUCAAUUUCAGAAGAUGUAGAGGAAAAUGAUUUAUUAAGCGCUUACGGAACUCCAAAUCGAGUCAAUACUAAACAAAAACGAACUCAAAAUAUGACACCAAAAUCUGCCAUUAAGACGAAGCCUACUGAUAAUAUUUCAGCGAGUCCAGCUGUAUUUUCGCCCUCUUCAUUCUCACCUAGCUCGACAUCUUCACAGAAGUAUACGAGUCGGAGUAACUCCGGUAGUGUUUUGGAUAGUUUUGGUCCGAGUCACGAGUCCAUAACAAACCAUAGAGGAACGGGAAGACAAAUAUCCAUUGUCGUGGACAAAAAACGCAAUAUUAGUAAACCAUAUAAAUAUAUGUUCCAGAAAUUGGUGGAUUUGUCUGAUGUUUUGGACGAAAUGAUAGAAAAUGCUGCUGAAACUAUACAAUCGCAAAACUCUUCUGAAAUAGAUGUUUAUUCACCAUGUUCAAUGCAUUCCCAAGAACCUGUUCAUAUCGUCGGAAGAAUCUGCUGCGAUUCUAGCGGAGGUGUAGGAAGGUUGAAUUCGCAGUCUGUUUUAUUACAAGGUGAUAGAGGAAUUUCAAGCGGAAAAUAUGUUGCGAUUGAUUUGAGCCAACUAGAAGAGUUUUCUUUAUUUCCAGGACAGAUUGUAGCUAUGCAAGGCAUCAACCCAACUGGUAAAAAAUUCAUUGCAACGAAAGUGUAUACAGCCAAUUGUGAUGAAACUAAUAAAAGAAAUAUUGACAUAAGCGCAUCAGACCCAUUGAGUCUCCUCAUUGCAGCUGGACCAUUCACAACUUCAGAUUGUCUAAGCUAUGAACCUUUGCAUGAUUUGAUCACCAUAGUGAAAAACACCAGACCGGAUGUUACAGUCAUUAUUGGACCUAUCCUGGACAACAAACAUGAUCAUGUGAAGUCAGGAAAAAUCAUGAAUCCAUUUGAAGAAGUUCUUGAAGAUAAAUUAAAUUACAUAGUCGAAGCUAUUGGAGGACUUACUCAUUUGGUUAUUGCAUCAUCGAUAAAAGAAGCAAGCUGUCAUCCUGUUUACCCACAGCCCCCAUAUUUGUCAUCCCCAAACGUCAGGAACGUUCAUUUUGUUGGUGAUCCAUCUAUAUUAGAAGUUAAUGGAUUAAAAAUUGUGUUAACAUCCAAUGAUAUAUUAUUCCAUCUUGGAGGUGAAGAAAUAUCAAAAGUAAAGGGACAAUCUGAUAGACUUGGUAGACUAGCUGGACAUAUUCUUCAACAAAAAAGUUUUUAUCCGUUAUACCCAUCAAAUGAAUCCGUUAAUGUUGAUUGGAUUGCUGCAGAACAAUAUGGUGCUAUACCUCAACGUCCAGACAUUGCUAUACUGCCAUCAGAUUUAAAAUGUUUCAUUAAAAACAUAGACGGAUGUGUUUGUAUAAAUCCUGGUAGACUUGCUAAAGGAAUGACUGGCGGAACUUUCACACAGAUUUUAGUAGAACCUGCUGAAUCUGAUGGCAAAGAUUGUGCUGUCGAAAUUAGUGCUCAAAUCGUUAAAAUUUAAUGUUGUUUUUUUACUGUUGUGUAUUUUUCAAUCAUUAGACAUAAUAAAAGCUUUUUUAUAAAA